UUUCCGCGGGAAGAAUAACAAAAAACAAAGCUUAAAUUGCGCUUUUCGGUUAAAAAGUAAUGUUCUGGCACCAGAAUGAGCGCUCUCUUAAACGAAAUCCAGCGGAUCAUCGCAGAGCUUCGAUCGGACAAGCCAUCAAGCCGAAAUAAAGCCAUCGAACAGCUGGAGGAAAAACUGGUCAACUGCAGAGAAAGCUUGACUGCUCUAUUGCUGGACAAGCGAUUCGACUUGUCGUGGGCAGGACUAUACGAUGUGGCCAAGGAGGGACUAUUCAAGCACGCACAGAGCUUACACGAUGCCAACGAGAAAUCCUUCAAAACCUUGGCGACCAAGACUUAUUUGUACGGCAAUGUUCACGACAGGAUCGUCAAGUACAACUUGGACGCUGGCUUGGAGUCGACAGGAAGUGGCCACUUUCUGGCAAAGACAAGUCUCUUUAAUGCGUUCGAGGAAAUGAUAAAGUCGCGGGUGGUGAUUAAUCACUUUGGAGACCGCAUUCUAGGCCUGCUGGACAGGGGCAUUUACUCUUCUGCCAGCUAUGUGCGCGAACUGAAGAUCAACGAGUACAGUCGAAUCCUCUCCUACCUGUUUGAGGUUAAUGUUGGCGGGGACAAUUUCCUCCACACUACAAUAAUGAAAUGCAUCACAAAGACAGUCACUCUGGCUAAAGAUCGAGUUCAACUGCAUUGUGACAUGGUGGUAUAUCUGCCCGAGCUGAAAAGCUUUGCAAGCACGGCGAUUGGGGCGAGGAAGACUGAGAUUGUUCGUCUCUAUUUGAUUUUCGUCACAGAGCUUUCGGUUAACUACCAUCACCAGCUGUGCAUCCACAUGCAGGAGAUCCUGCCAAAGCUAUGUGAGUUCCACAACGAGGAUGUGUUCCGCGAUGACACCCGAAACCUGUUCUUCCAGUCCGUCAUCCAUUCGUUGCGAUCACUAUAUCCUAAGCUGGUUAUGGGUGAUUUCUAUACACUUGGCGUGCCUGUCCACGAGACGUGGCACCAAACUCUGAUGCGACUGAAAACCAUUGUAAACAUGGAGAUCCGCAAGAACUCCCUUCCGCGUUACAAGACAGCACAACUGAGCAAUGAUAAGUUUUCAGAGGCCUUCAUCAAGAUGUCAGCGUUGGUCAUAUAUAUUGUUCUUUGGCAUUUGGAGGAGGCCAGAAAACCGGAUGAAAACGGAGAUGGUGACGUACCCAAGAAGGUGCCCAAAACUUCGGAUAAAAUGGAUGAAAUUUUCGCUCUUAUUGACAAGAAGGAGACCACUUUCAACGACGUCUGGUUUGCCAUUUUCACAGAGCUGCUCCAGAUAAGCAGCGUCAUCCUGAAUGUGGGCAACUACCAGCAGUCGCUGGCCACAGUUUCAGACAUAAUGCAAAUGUAUGGCAAUGCCAGAAAUCUGAAGAAUCUUCAUCUGUGCAUGGGCAGCCUGCUGGAAAAGGAACAGGAGCUAUUGAAGUCGAAGUCGAUUCAGGAGGGCUUUCUUGCUGAAUUGUGGAGUAGGAUGGGGAACCACCUGAUAACUGAGACCACCACCAACAGCGAGGAGAUCAAGGAGAAACAGUUGGUGCUGCAGUUGCUGAUCAGGCAUCACAAGCUGAGUCCGAAAAUAGUCACCAGCCUAGUGCAGAACAUCACCACAAAUGAAAUGAUGAAGCGUAACGAAUGCUUUGCCAGCAUUCGGGAGAUUUACAUUCAUGCUGCAGAGUGUGGUCAGGACAAAGCCUCCGCAGACUUGGAGCCCAUAAUUGCGUGGGCCUACGGGUGCGGGGAGAGGACCAGCGCCACACAAGUCAUACACAAUAUAGCCAGCAUAGAUGCCAAGUUGCAGGCGGACACCUUUGCGAUCUGUAUCAUCAACUUCUUGGAUCAGCAGCAGCUGGAAGAGCUCUCUAAGUCAGAGCCCAAGGCGAUUCCCGCUGAGCAAAAUCUUUUAGCAUACAAGUAUAAUAAGCAAUUGAUAUGCCUAGACAAGGAGUAUGCCCGACCCUUUGUCUCAAUUGCUCAGCUGCAGAGCGAAACAAAGAAUUGUCUCUACCAGACCAACUACGAGUGCCUUAUGCGCAAUCUUAACUACCAAUGUGUAAACGAUAACCAACCCGCGGCCAUUUUAAAGAACCUUAACACUCUGCAUCGGUUGACCUGCACAAUGGAGAGGCUUUUGCACUACAAAGUGUUCGAUUCCGGGAACUUUGAGGCUUGUCCCCUGAUCAAAAGAAUUGGCCUCUUUCUCAGUCACAUCGAGUUCCAGUACAAAGCUAACUGUUCUGAGAUGCUGGAUGAGAGCGAUCUGCGCGAAAUUCUGCGGCUUCAAAUAGCCGUGCUUGAAGUCUUUAAAUCGAAUUCGAUUUUACUCAGUUAUUUGGAGAGGCAGCCUAUAGAAAUGAUGGUGGAAUUCAUUGGCUCUGCCCUCAAGCUGUACUGCAUGCGGCGAGAGCGCUCUGAUAAUGCAGAUCAUUUGACGAUAACUGCUCAGUGCUUGCACAUUUUGAGUGGAUUGUGUGCUUGCAGUUCGCAUCAGGAAGAAACAUUUGAGCAGAUAACCAAAGUGACGAUGCGAUGGCGGCCUCAAGAUGUGCUUAUUGUAACAAAGGAACUGUGCAGCUGCUCAAGUAUUUCCGAUGCAGUCAGCACUUGGCUGGUGAGCAAACUUAAGACAGUCUUUCAGCUUCAUCAUCUUGAUUUGGAUGUCAUCGAUAAAGUGGUCGACCAUUUGCCCACAAUUUUCCAGUUUGUUUACCAAAUAGAACAUCACUUGGACGAUAUGCUAAUGGCCCUUAAUUCUCUGCUAAGGAUUGCCAUUAAGAAGUCCUACACAUCCCAACUUACGGCGAAAAUCGUGCAGUGCGUGGGUCUAAUUGCUGAGCGUUGUCCUGACAUUUACCAGCUCGAAAACUUUACUGUGAUAUGCAAGUCUACGGGGAAAUUUUUUACAAUGCCUACAUUGGAAGUGCGUUUUGCCACCCUGUUCACCUUCACCAUCUUGCUGGAUACAAAUUGUGUGACCAAGGAUGCUAUCGCGAACUCUCCAACUCACUGGGAGUUCUGUCGCGAACUCUACAAUAGCAUCGAGUUCAAAAAGCUUUCUAUAAACGACGACGAGGACGCAGUCCGGAAUAGCAAUGCCAUAAUAAUACAAAUGCUGAUUGCAAUUUUUUUGAGGAGCUCAUUUCAUCAGGAGAUUGCUCUCAAGGAGCUGCUUUAUCAGUGCGCACUGCGCAGACUGCCAGAAAGUGAGUUUCUUUCUCUACGCGGUACAGUGCCCGGAUACGGACGAACCUUGGUAGAUCUUAUACGGCCAUAUACGGAUUUCCUGCUGCACAAGUGGAGCUCACAGGGCUGGCCCAUUUCCAAGUUCCCCUAUUUUCUGUGCUAUGAAAAUAAGAAUGAUUUCCGUAGAGCUCAUUCUAGUAGGAUCAUGGCAUAUGUAUUUUUAUACGGCAAGACUGAGGAUAUUGAACGUUACAGCAAGUCCAUCGGCGAAGAGGUGGCCCUUCCCCUAGUUGCCUCCUAUGUUUUGGCCAAAAAUGCAUUUUGCAGCGAAACCGAAGCUAAGGAGUUCCAAGAUAAUCAUCAAAGGCUUUCGGAGAAUCUUAGAUACUCCGAGCUAAAUGCCAAGGAUGUUGAUCUCAAUGUGGAGACCCUUUGCUGUGCGAUUGGCCUGCUUGGUGACGAUCUGCAGGAAAUGAAAAGAUUACUGGGUUCCAAUGUGCCCAUCAGCAGAGAAAGCAACUGGUAUACACUUUCGGUGGAGUCUCUUUUCGAUUGUCUUAACCUUCACAUUGGCUCCCAUAAAGGUUCUUCAAGAGGGGACAAUCGCAUCCAGUCUAUGUCAACACUUCAGAUCAAACAUCCUCGAAUAUUGGUCGAUCUUUUUGGUCGCUUGAAAACCAAUUGCUUUACAUCCAGCUUUACCAGUCAGGCAUUACGUUAUUUGUUUCUAUAUUGCGAAAUUGCUGAUGCUGUUUAUGAGGCUGCUGCCCAGGAAGCAGUUAAGACAAAGGCUGCUGUCGCUCAAUGUUCCUACUUUGUUCGCGACAUUUGGUUUUUUGUGGUUCGUUAUCUUCAUCACACCAAGUCCAUCCAAGUACAAAUGUGUGCUCUUUCGUUUCUUGAACAACUGCUGACCUCCAAGCCAAUAUUUACUCAUGAGGAGUUUACAACACACAUGGCAGAGAUAGCUAAGCUAUUGAGUGGCUUUCGACGGGAAUGCGUUGCCAAGGAAGUAAAGGAGAAAACCAGUGAAGUCGUAAAGAUGAUUCUGGAAUGCUACCAUUCCCAUAUCAAUUUGCAUUCCUUUCUCGAGGACACGACGGAAUGCGAGUUCUUAAAAACUUGGCGAGAGAAAUACAAUUCCAGGCUAGAACCAAGCAAAGACAUGACUGAUGUGGCUAACUAUCUACGUUCGUUUCUCAAGAGACCCACUGCUGAACGAUUGCGAGACCUGAGAACCUAUGUUGCCGAACACAAGGACAGUCUUCAAAAAUAUGAACGUAUAUUAUUUGAGGUCAUAAGUCGCUUGAUUCAAAUGGCCAGAGAUUCGGUUAGCAAGCAGAGCAGUCUGGAAGCCCUCAAGUGUCUGGCUCAAAUCGGACCGCUGAAGUUGUCAAAUGUUUCAUAUUAUUUCCAAACCGACUUUGAUUCCUUUGAGGAGUCGGAGAAUCUGGACCCUAUAGAGAAGUUCGUGAACGUCAUCUGUGAGACCUUGGAGAAAUAUUUGUUUCACUUUGAUCCUCACACUCAUGAUGCUCUGGUUUCCGUAGUCGUUCAAGUUGUAAAUAGCCAGGGUGGCUCAAAGAUUACGGGUCGCUUUAAAAACAUUAAAAUCUUUGCUGUCAAGCCUCCGGAAUCUAGUGUCUUGGAUGGGUACAAGCAGAUUUCUCGCAUCGAUUGGUUGGCUGCACUGAAAGCCACUCAAGAUUUGAGCUAUGAGCCCUGGAUGUGCGCCUUCGUUUCGAAUGUUUUCACAGAUUGCGGCUGGCUAGAAUUCGGUGCGUUGGCUGCCAAGUCUUUGCCUUUUGCCAAGACCUGCCUGCAGCCGUUCAUCAAGUUAUUGUUGGCCAACAAUCAGGAGCAGCACUUGGAAAGUCUAUGCCCAAUGUUAGAUUAUUUUUUCGAACGCUUUGUAGGCUCAAGGUCAGAGAGCUCCACUCCGAAAAUCUUUCACAACAAGCGCGCCAUCAAGAGGUUCCUUCACAUCUGCGAAUGUAUACGAGUGGUGAAUAAUUGGAGUAUUCCCGUGGAUCUGAGCAAUGUGGUUAUGGCUAGUAAUCACUGCCAGGCCUACUUUUUGAGCAUUAUGUACCUAGAGCUGUGGGCUUGCUCAAAGAGCAUCAACCCCUUGACCAACGUUUCUUUUCAAGCCUCGGCAAAGAAGGCCUACGAAUCCAUUGGGUGCUUGGAUGCUAUUCCUGGCUUUGUGAAUCCCAUGCUCUCUCGAGUGGACUUCCUUGGUGGGAGCAACAACCUGACCGCUAUCCUAUUAGAGUCAGAUCCUCUGGAUAAGGCCAACAGCCAACUGUGCAUGGAUAUUAUGAAGGGCAAUGGCUUGUGGUCGUUCGCCAAACUCCAGCAGCAACAAAGCACGGAACCGGACUACGAAAUCUUUUGGCGCCUAGGCCAAUGGGAUUUGCUGACAGACUCCAAGCAGCAGCAGCUACAGCAACUGGGGACGAGGACUUCAUUUAAUUUCGAGCAAGAGUUCACUCGGCAUCACUUUGUGGCCCUCAGAAGCAUUAGCCAGAGGGAGGAGGAAAACAGUCUAUCGGCCAUUGACAUGGCCUACAACUGUGUGCGCGACAUACUGCAAGAGAUCAGCGUAGAGUGCCUGCAGAGUGUGUACAAGUACCUGACUUGGCUAUGCUCGCUCCAGCAGGCGGAGGACUUUUGCCAGAUCCAGUUUGGCACCCAACUACCUCCGUCCCAUAUGAACCAACUAUUCCGUAAAUGGCAGAUAGAACUGGAGCUCAAUUACGGCAACUUUGCCUGUAAGGAGUACGUCAUUGCUCACCAGAUUGCUCUGUUUAAGAUGGCCGGUACACGAGCGACACGUCGGUUAACCGAUUUUUACAAGGAAAAUCCCGUGGACACAUACCUGUUGAAGGGCAUUGGGGAGUGCAAGGCAGCGGGUAAGCUGAACUUAGCAGCGAAGUAUAUCGGUGUUCUGCGGGAAAUGCCAGAUAUUACGGAGUCUACAAAGAUAAGCGUCCUACUCGAGGAUGCCGAGGUGAAUGUAAAAAUGGGCAAUCAUCAGAUAGCCAAGGCCAUUCUGGAGCAUGUGACUACCAACGAUCAGUUUAUCUACUGCCUUCAGCGAGUACCGGCUCUACGAAUGCAGGGCGAGUUUCUCAUGGACUGCAAUGCUGCGAGCUUGAGUUCGGUUCUUCACCACAAGUUCAACGCUUCGCUAAAGCUGAUCGAUGACUUUGUACUCCAUCGCGAGGCCCUGAAAGAGAAAACUUCAAACAUCGGGCAGGACCUCGAAGCUUUUGCUAAUCGGCACCGAACAGCUGCCUAUGCCGCCAUGGCCAAGUAUGCUGACAGGGAGUACCAGCAGCUAUAUGAGUAUCGGCACUCGCAGGACUACCAAACGUUGCUAGACAUCAUUGAGCAGAACCGUUCGACGGCUGCAAAGGUGUCGCAGCGCGAAAACAGAGACCGACGGAUUAUGGGCCUUCAGAUGAAGAGCUAUGCCAGACUGGACGAAGGGCAGUUGCAGCGGAUAGAGGCUAAGCUGACUGAGCACCUUUGCUCGGCGGUCCGCAACCACAUGGCUUACUGUCGCUUCGACAGUGGCUUCUCAAGCGCCGCCAUCUACCGCAUCAUCUCGCUGUGGUUCACCAACGCGUCUAACGAGCAGUUGCAGCAGUGUGUUAAGGAAGAGAUCCUCACAGCUCCAAGCUACAAGUUUAUUUGUGCUGCUAACCAACUGACCGGUCGGCUUAAUUCCAAGAACAAAAGCCUGCUCAAAAUUCUUACGGAACUUCUGGUGCGAUGCGGCCAAGAUCAUCCGCACCACAUCUUCUACCAGCUGUAUCCGCUGGUCUAUGCCCACCUGGAUGGAGAGAACAGCAAUACGGAGCGAGCGGGGAUUGCGCAACUCAUUAUUGACAAGAUCUGUGAAAAGAAUUCCUCAGCAGCUGAAACCAGCAAGCAGCUGGAGUCGCUCCUGCCAGCUCUCAUCAAAUUCGCAAACGAGGGCAAGACUGAGAACAAUCAAGGAGUUUCUGAUCCUGUGCGCUACAAGCAGUUCGAAAAGGUUCGACGUAUCCGCAAUCUGGACGCUGUUCACUGUCCUACCCUCGAGCUGCCGGUGAUGCCCAACAAGGAAUACAAUAUAACAAGCAUUAUCAAGUGGAGCAACGAGAUCUCCCAGUGUGGCGGCCUGAACGCUCCCGUCAAGGUAAUGUGCAUCUGCUCCGACGGCCAGACGCGGGCUCAAUUGAUUAAGGGCAAGGAUGAUUUGCGCCAGGAUGCGGUGAUGCAGCAGGUCUUUGGAAUUGUGAAUGAAUUGCUGCAACAGGAUGCGGAGUUUAUUGAACGUAAGCUGCAGCUGCGUACCUAUAAGGUCACGCCUCUGUCCAUGCGCAGUGGCAUUCUUGAGUGGUGCACCAACUCCAUGCCCGUGGGUCAUUACCUCGUAGGUGAUGGCAAAGGAGGCGCUCAUUUGCGAUAUCGUCCAAGCGAUUGGGCCAACUACAAGUGUCGCAGCCUCUCGAUGACCCAUCUGAAGUCGCCCAAGGAGAAACGCUAUGAAGUAUAUAAGCUAAUUUGCGAGCAUAUUAAGCCAGUUUUCCACUACUUUCUUCUGGAAAAGUUCCCUAUUCCGGGCGAGUGGUUUGAAAGGCGCCUGGCUUACACGAACAGCGUGGCUACCACCUCUAUGGUGGGCUACGUCCUCGGAUUGGGAGAUCGACAUACACAAAACAUACUUAUAGACCAGCAGACUGCAGAAGUCAUUCAUAUAGAUUUUGGGAUCGCAUUUGAACAGGGUAAGAUCCAAGCAACGCCAGAAACCGUUCCCUUCCGACUGACCCGCGAUUUUGUGGCGCCAAUGGGAAUAUGCGGCACAAAGGGUGUCUUUGCGAAGUCCUGUGAGGCCACCAUGCAUGUCCUGCGUCGCUACAAGUCCGUGUUCACCACAAUACUGGAGGUACUACUCUACGAUCCGCUCUUUAUUUGGGGAGUUCUCAAACCGAAGCAGUCCUCGCAACUACCCUCCCAGCAGUCCAAUGAGGAAUCGGUUAAUCUUGUUGCCCAGCGUGCUUUGCUUCUGGUGCAAAACAAACUGGAGGGAAGGGAGGCCGGUAGUACCCGUGGUGACUCAAAUGUUGAGGCGCAAGUGGAACGAUUGAUCAACGAGGCUACCCUGCCGAGCAAUCUGUGCAUGCUCUUUCCCGGCUGGGACCCACAAUUGUAACUAUCACAUCACACUUGUUAUUAGAUAUUAACUUGCUUUUUUUUGUACUAUUU